AUGGAAACAUUUGCUAUACAACAAGUAUCUGUGCUUCUGCUGGUCAUUUCUAGCGCAUUCUGUCUAUUUGGCGCAUCUUUCAAUUUAGAUGUGACGUUUGCAACAUUUUCUGUUUGGGUUUUCCUGGUCUGCGUGGGUAGUUUAUGCGAAGUCUUUAGUCUGCGCUUCCGCUUAAGACACGCAAUUGUUAAUGGCGCUAAUAACCCAAUAGAGCCAAAAAAGGGCGACUUUCCCCAUCAAGUGACAUUAUUAGCCCAAUUGAAUGGCACAAAUUUAGUAUACUGCGGUGGCAGCUUAAUACACCCCGGAUGGAUUUUGACUGCAGCACAUUGUUUAGAACAAGACGGUAAACAGUUUACCCCAGACUUUGUUCAAGUUUCAGUAGGUAGCGUCUACUCAGACCUAAGGGGUGGACGUAUUUUGCUGGUGGAAAAAAUCGUUAUUCAUCGGGACUAUCUCGAAUCGAAUGGCAAUCAUCAUGAUAUUGGCCUACUAAAAUUGCAAACCUGGGCUACAUUGUCCACAUUCAUUAAGACAGUUCGUCUCCACCUCAAUCAAAGUGAAGAUUUGAUCGGAAAAACCGCAUAUUUAACUGGUCUGGGUGUCAUCAAUGAUUAUAUGCAAAGACCAACAAGAUUACGCACAGCUACCUUACAUGUUAGUUCGCCAGCUGAAUGUUCAAUAAGUGCUAAAGAUAGUGCUGUCCAGAUUUGCUGCACUUCUACUGUGCACGAAGGAAAAGCUUGCAAGGGAGAUAGUGGAGGGCCACUUGUGAUAAAGAGGAAUGGAUUUUUCUUGCAAAUCGGCAUAACCAGUCAUUUGGCUCGCUUGUCUUACUGCAAAUUGGCCGAUAACCAUUCUAUUUACACUAAGGUAGCUGCGUAUGUACAAUGGAUAUCUGAAAAUACUAGAAUCGAUUUUUACAAUUAUUUGGUUGAAGAGACCUUGUAAAUACGAUUUUUCUCGAUGUAUACCUGUGAAGUAGAUGAAUAUAAAUUGCUAUAUUUGAAAAA